GAAGCAGAACACUGCCGCUCAUGAGUAAUCUCAAACAUGGCUCUGUCUAGUGUUUUGAGGAGUGAGUCUGCGGAUUUCUGUGACCGCUUUAGACGGCCUUUCGCGCCCGACUGCGGUCUUAAUCAAACGGAUCUGGGCUUCGGAGCCGCAGUGGGAGACAGUCUGAACAUCGCCGUGACACCGCUGGGUGAAGAGGAAGAACCGGAGAGAAAAAUCGAGUUCCUUCACGGCACGACCACCUUAGCAUUCAAAUUUCAGCAUGGAGUCAUUGUGGCUGUGGAUUCCAGAGCGACAGCGGGCUCCUACAUCGCUUCCCAAACGGUGAAGAAGGUGAUUGAGAUCAACCCUUACCUGCUAGGCACUAUGGCAGGAGGUGCUGCAGAUUGCAGCUUCUGGGAGCGCCUGCUGGCCAGGCAGUGCCGCAUCUAUGAGCUGCGUAACAAAGAGCGCAUUUCAGUAGCAGCUGCCUCCAAGCUCCUGGCUAACAUGGUGUAUCAGUACAAAGGCAUGGGCCUCAGUAUGGGGACAAUGGUAUGUGGCUGGGACAAGAGAGGGCCAGGGCUGUACUACGUGGACUCUGAAGGCAACCGUGUGUGUGGAGACCUGUUCGCUGUGGGCUCGGGCUCCAUGUAUGCCUACGGUGUUGUUGACAGUGGCCUUCGCAAUGACCUGACCAUAGAGGAGGCCUGUGACCUGGGCCGCCGUGCCAUCUACCAAGCCACCUACCGUGAUGCCUACAGCGGAGGCCAAGUCAACCUUUACCGCAUCCACAGCGAGGGUUGGGAGAGGGUCUCUCAGGAAGAUGUUCUUCAACUGCACCAUAAGUACCAGAGCGAGAAAGCAUAAAGGGAUGGGUUGAGGAUAAAGAGUGAAUGGGAUGGGGUAAGAGUAGAGUUGGAUCAAAGGCACUUCUGGUAACUAAAUGGAAUAAAAUCAGCAUAAUAUCUUUCUUGUGGGAGUUAAUACUAACUCUUUGUCAGAGCUGGUACGUUUGUACAUGAGCAAAUCUGUCUUUUUUUCCUCUCACACUUUUUCUUUCCCCUCUCUCUUUCAGUGGCAAAGUUAGAUCAGUUAACGUUAUUUUUCUCACAUGUUAUUGGUUGAAUAUCAGCCAGUGUCAGUAGUAUUACAAUCCCAGCCAUUGAGCUUCAAUUCCACGUGUUGUUUGUGAUUAAAGAAUAAGGGGGCGCUGUGUCCCAGUGGAAAACAUGACAAGCCAAAACUCCAGUUGGCGUGCUUUCACUGAGUGGGAGUGGGCUUCUGUUCUUCUCAUGUAUUCACACAUUACCACAGUUUCUAAACCUAUUCUCAAUAAACCUUGGAUUUGUUUUUGCUAUCUA